GCCUUGUCAGGAAGAGAAAGAACUUGGGGGCGGGGGAGGCUGGGGCACCGCAUUUCCGUCCAGCCACGCUCGCUCGCUCGCGCGGCCCCUGAGCUCCAGGCUCGCGCAGCGGCGUUUCAUUAGAGCCCCGGGCCCGGGCCGCGCGCCAGGAACUUCCCCGCACGCAGCGAGAUCGACGAUCCCCCGCCCCCAGCCCCGGCCCGGCUCCAGGCCUCGCAAUGUCAGGCACGAGCGCCGCCACAUAAAAUGGAUCCCGGCCGGCGCGGCGAGGGCGGCAGGUUCCCGAGGCUCCUCCGCGCUGCGCCCGGACGCACACGCGCGCUGUGACCGCCGACCGCUCCCGGGCCACGCGGAGCCGCCCCUCUCCCGGCCCUCGCGCAACUGUCAGGCGAAACGGGCCGGCGGAUAUUGGCUCGGCGACACGCCGAGGCUCCUCCCCGAGUCUGGAUCUUUAUAUUUUGGGAGAAUUUCUUUGAACUCAGUUACCAAGCUCGGUGAAGGAGACAAGUUCCCACAGCUGACUCGGCUCGGCUCUCCCACCUUCCCGGCCGCGGCCGCGAGCCCUGAUUGUAUCCCUCCCUUUCCUCGUGGGGGAGCACGGACUGACUUGGCUGAAGAAAAUGCCAGUUCUGUGGAUGUGGCCGUGACAAGAGGACGUGCGGCUGGAAGAGGCAGAAGGGGAUGAGGAAAAGCAUGCUUUGAAGAGAAGAAUAAACCAGCGACCCCAACCCUUUCUGCAAAUUGGUGCUAUUACUUGUGGGAUCCAUUUGCUUUCAUUCCCUCCCACCCCACCGCUGAAGAAACCUUGCCCUGAGGGCUGAGAGCCAGCCCCCUACAGCCGGGGGACGCUUCUGGGUUGGAGGACCUUCUGGAUGUAGCGUUGGUGGAACCUUCAGAUACUCUCCUCUGGAAAAGCCACCAUGAAUUCGGUAGCUGGGAAUAAAGAGAGGCUUGCGGUCUCCACCAGGGGCAAGAAAUACGGGGUGAAUGAAGUCUGCUCGCCCACCAAGCCCGCCGCGCCCUUCUCCCCGGAAAGCUGGUACCGGAAAGCAUACGAGGAGUCGCGCGCCGGCAGCCGGCCCACUCCUGAGGGCGCGGGCUCAGCGCUCGGCUCCUCGGGGACCCCGUCUCCCGGCUCGGGCACCUCGUCCCCGAGCUCGUUCACCGGCUCCCCGGGACCCGCCUCCCCCGGCAUCGGCACUAGUUCGCCGGGCUCCCUGGGCGGCUCUCCGGGCUUCGGCACAGGCUCUCCGGGCUCCGGCAGCGGCGGCGGCUCCUCCCCCGGCUCGGACCGCGGCGUCUGGUGCGAGAACUGCAACGCCCGCCUGGUGGAGCUCAAGAGGCAGGCCCUGAAGUUGCUCCUCCCGGGGCCCUUCCCGGGCAAGGACCCUGCUUUCUCGGCUGUGAUUCACGACAAACUCCAGGUCCCCAACACCAUCCGGAAGGCAUGGAAUGACCGGGACAACCGCUGUGACAUUUGCGCCACUCACCUGAACCAGCUGAAGCAGGAGGCCAUCCAGAUGGUGCUGACGUUGGAGCAGGCAGCCGGCAGUGAGCACUACGACGCCUCGCCCUGCUCCCCGCCACCGCUCUCCAACAUCCCCACCCUGGUGGGGUCCCGGCAUGUGGGUGGGCUCCAGCAGCCCAGAGACUGGGCCUUUGUGCCCGCCCCGUGUGCCACCUCCAACUACACAGGCUUCGCCAACAAGCACGGCAGCAAACCCAGCAGCCUUGGGGUCAGCAAUGGGGCGGAAAAGAAGAGCGGGUCCCCAACCCACCAGGCCAAGGUCAGCCUCCAGAUGGCCACCAGUCCAAGCAAUGGGAACAUCCUCAAUUCGGUGGCCAUCCAGGCUCACCAGUACCUGGAUGGCACCUGGUCCCUGUCGAGAACCAACGGGGUCACCCUGUACCCAUACCAGAUCUCCCAGCUGAUGACAGAGAGUGGCCGGGAGGGACUAACAGAAGCAGUGCUGAACCGCUACAAUGCAGACAAGCCUUCCACCUGCAGUGUCCCAGCCUCGCAGGGCUCCUGCGUGGCCAGCGAGACUUCCACAGGCACGUCGGUGGCCGCCUCCUUCUUUGCACGAGCUGCCCAGAAGUUAAAUCUGUCUUCUAAAAAGAAGAAACAUCGGCCUUCCACUUCUUCCGCUGCUGAACCACCGCUCUUUGCAACCAGCUUCAGUGGGAUUCUGCAGACCUCCCCUCCCCCAGCCCCGCCCUGUCUGCUGAGGGCUGUCAACAAGGUGAAGGACACCCCGGGGCUCGGCAAGGUGAAAGUCAUGCUUCGCAUCUGUUCCACCUUGGCUCGAGAUACUUCAGAAUCCAGCUCUUUCUUAAAGGUGGACCCACGGAAGAAGCAGAUCACCUUGUACGAUCCCCUGACUUGUGGAGGUCAAAAUGCCUUCCAAAAGAGAGGCAACCAGGUUCCUCCAAAGAUGUUUGCCUUCGAUGCAGUUUUUCCACAAGACGCUUCUCAGGCUGAAGUGUGUGCAGGCACCGUGGCAGAGGUGAUCCAGUCUGUGGUCAACGGGGCAGAUGGCUGCGUGUUCUGUUUCGGCCACGCCAAACUGGGAAAAUCCUACACCAUGAUCGGAAAGGAUGAUUCCAUGCAGAACCUGGGCAUCAUUCCCUGUGCCAUCUCUUGGCUCUUCAAGCUCAUAAACGAACGCAAGGAAAAGACCGGCGCCCGUUUCUCAGUCCGGGUUUCCGCCGUGGAAGUGUGGGGGAAGGAGGAGAAUCUGCGAGACCUGCUGUCAGAGGUGGCCACGGGCAGCCUGCAGGACGGCCAGUCCCCGGGCGUGUACCUCUGUGAGGACCCCAUCUGCGGCACGCAGCUGCAGAACCAGAGCGAGCUGCGGGCCCCCACCGCAGAGAAGGCUGCCUUUUUCCUGGAUGCCGCCAUUGCCUCCCGCAGGAGCCACCAACAGGACUGUGAUGAGGACGGCCACCGCAACUCACACGUGUUCUUCACACUGCACAUCUACCAGUACCGGAUGGAGAAGAGCGGGAAAGGGGGAAUGUCUGGAGGUCGCAGCCGCCUGCAUCUCAUUGAUCUCGGCAGCUGUGUGAAAGCUCUUAGCAAAAAUCGAGAAGGAGGCUCAGGGCUGUGUCUCUCGCUGUCUGCUCUGGGCAAUGUCAUCCUGGCUCUCGUCAAUGGCAGCAAACACAUUCCAUACAAAGAGAGCAAGCUCGCCAUGUUGCUGCGGGAGUCUCUGGGGAACAUGAACUGCCGUACCACCAUGAUCGCGCACAUCUCGGCCGCGGCCGGGAGCUACGCGGAGACCCUGUCCACCAUCCAGAUUGCAUCGAGAGUCUUGAGGAUGAAGAAAAAGAAGACGAAGUACACAUCCAGCUCGUCCGGCGGGGAGAGCUCCUGCGAAGAAGGCCGCAUGCGCAGGCCCACCCAGCUGAGACCCUUCCACACCAGGACCACGGUGGACCCUGACUUCCCCAUCGCUCACCUGUCCAGCGACCCCGACUACUCCUCCAGCAGCGAGCAGUCCUGCGACACCGUCAUCUACAUCGGGCCCAACGGCACGGCCCUCUCUGACAAGGAGCUCACCGACAACGAGGGCCCCCCAGACUUUGUCCCUAUCGUGCCGGCCCUGCAGAAGACCCGGGGCGACAGCCGGCCCACAGAGGCAGGAGAGGCUGCAGCCAGCAAGUCAGAAAGGGACUGCCUGAAGUGCAACACGUUUGCCGAGCUGCAGGAGAGGCUGGACUGCAUCGACGGCAGCGAGGAGCCCAGCAGCUUUCCUUUCGAAGAACUGCCUGCUCAGUUCGGGCCAGAGCAGGCAAGCAGAGGCCCCCGGUUAAGCCAAGCAGCGGGGGCAAGCCCACUCUCUGAGUCUGAUAAGGAAGAUAAUGGGUCCGAAGGUCAGCUGACCAACAGAGAAGGCCCUGAACUCCCAGCCUCCAAGAUGCAGAGGAGUCACUCACCUGUGCCCGCCGCGGCACCCGCCCAUAGCCCCAGCCCGGCCUCACCCAGGAGCGUCCCGGGCAGCAGUAGCCAGCACAGCGCCUCCCCACUCGUGCAGAGCCCCAGCCUCCAGAGCAGCCGGGAGAGCCUCAACUCCUGCGGCUUCGUGGAAGGGAAGCCCAGGCCCAUGGGCUCCCCCCGGCUGGGCAUCGCCAGCCUGUCCAAGACCUCGGAGUACAAGCCACCCAGCUCUCCUUCCCAGAGAUGCAAAGUCUACACCCAGAAGGGGGUCCUGCCGUCUCCCGCCCCACUGCCUCCCUCGAGCAAGGAUUCCGGUGUGGCGUCUAGUGAGUCCUUGCUGCAGCCCGAGGUGCGUACGCCCCCGGUUGGAAUGAGCCCCCAGGUUUUGAAAAAAUCCAUGUCUGCUGGGAGCGAAGGGUUCCCGGAAACUCCUGUCGAUGAUGAGCAGCAGGCAGCUACUCCUUCAGAGUCCAAGAAGGAGAUCCUGAGCACCACGAUGGUGACGGUGCAGCAGCCACUGGAGCUGAACGGUGAGGACGAGCUGGUGUUCACGCUGGUGGAGGAGCUGACCAUCAGCGGGGUCCUGGACAGCGGCCGCCCCACCAGCAUCAUCAGCUUCAACAGCGACUGCUCUGUGCAGGCCCUGGCCUCGGGCUCGCGGCCCGUCAGCAUCAUCAGCAGCAUCAGCGAGGACCUGGAGUGCUACUCCAGCAUGGCCCCCGUCUCCGAGGUCAGCAUCACACAGUUCUUGCCCCUCCCGAAGAUGAGCCUGGAUGAGAAGGCCCAGGACGCAGGGAGCAGACGCUCUUCCAUCAGCUCCUGGCUGAGCGAGAUGAGCGUGGGCAGUGAGGGUGAGCAGUCGUGCCACAGUUUCAUAGCCCAGACGUGUUUUGGGCACGGGGAGGCAAUGGCAGAACCUGUGGCCUCGGAGUUUGUCAGCAGCCUCCAGAACACCGCUGUGGUGUGCAGAGAGAAGCCCAAGGCCAGCCCCGACAACUUGCUCAUCCUGUCUGAGAUGGGAGAUGACUCUUUCAACAAAGCAGCCCCCAUAAAAGGCUGCAAAAUAUCCACAGUGAGCAAGGCCAUGGUCACCAUCUCCAACACGGCCAAUCUGAGCAGCUGCGAGGGGUACAUCCCCAUGAAGACCAAUAUCACAGUUUACCCCUGCAUUGCCAUGAGCCCCCGGAACAUCCAAGAGUCCGAGGCCCCCACUGCCACCCCCAAAGCAGGCCCCACAUUAGCCCAGUCCCGGGAGAGUAAGGAAAACAGUGCAAAGAAAGAGAUGAAAUUUGAGGACCCCUGGCUGAAACGAGAAGAGGAAGUGAAAAAAGAGACUGCUCAUCCCAAUGAAGGAGGGACGAUGAGGUGUGUGACUGCCACGGGCCCCUCGAAUGCUGAGACCAGAGCAGAGCAGGAGCAGGACGGAAAGCCCAGCCCGGGAGACAGGCUCAGCAGCAGCAGCGGAGAGGUGUCGGCCUCCCCGGUCACUGACAACUUCAGGAGGGUCGUGGAUGGGUGUGAGAUGGCCCUGCCUGGUUUGGCCACCCAGAGCCCCGUGCAUCCCAACAAAAGCGUCAAGUCCAGCAGCCUUCCCAGGGCCUUUCAGAAGGCCAGCCGGCAGGAGGAGCCGGACAGCCUCUUCUAUUACUGCGCUGCUGAGACCAACGGGGUGGGUGCAGCCUCGGGCACCCAGCCCUCCAAGGCUACCCCGGAGAGGAAGGUGGCUUCCCCCAAGCACUGUGUUCUGGCUCGGCCCAAAGGGACUCCCCCUCUGCCCCCUGUCCGAAAGUCCAGCCUGGACCAGAAGAACCGGGCCAGCCCUCAGCACAGUGCCAGCAGCAGCGGCACCAGCAGCCCCCUGAACCAACCAGCCGCCUUCCUGGCGGGCCUCCCAGACGAGCCUAGCGGCAAGACGAAGGACGCCAGCAGCAGCAGCAAGCUCUUCAGUGCCAAGCUGGAGCAGCUGGCCAGCAGAACCAACUCCCUGGGCAGGGCGACGGUCAGCCACUACGAAUGCCUCUCCCUGGAGCGGGCCGAGAGCCUGUCCUCCGUGAGCUCCCGGCUGCACGCAGGCAAAGACAGCACCAUGCCCCGCGCGGGGAGGAGCCUGGGCCGCAGCGCCGGGACCUCGCCCCCCAGCUCCGGGGCCUCGCCCAGGGCCAGCCAGUCCAAGAUCUCCGCCGUGAGCAAACUCCUCCUGACCAGCCCCAAAGCGCGCAGCCUGUCCACCUCCACCACCAAAACCCUCAGCUUCUCCACCAAGUCCCUGCCGCAGGCGGUGGGCCAGAGCUCCAGCUUGCCCCCCGGUGGGAAGCACAUGUCCUGGUCCACGCAGUCCCUCAGCAGGAACAGGAGCUCGGGCCUGGCCUCCAAGCUUCCCCUGCGGGCCGUCAAUGGGCGCAUCUCAGAGCUGCUGCAGGGUAGCGCGGGCGCCCGGGGCUUGCAGCUGCGGGCCGGGCCCGAGGCGGAGGAGCGCGGGGGGGCCCUGGCCGAGGACAAGCCCGCGGCCGCGCACCUGCUCCCGUCGCCCUACAGCAAGAUCACGCCCCCGCGGAGGCCCCACCGCUGCAGCAGCGGCCACGGCAGCGACAACAGCAGCGUGCUGAGCGGGGAGCUCCCGCCGGCCAUGGGGAAGACGGCCCUGUUCUACCACAGCGGCGGCAGCAGCGGCUACGAGAGCAUGAUGCGGGACAGCGAGGCCACCGGCAGCGCGUCCUCAGCGCAGGACUCCACGAGCGAGAACAGCAGCUCCGUGGGCGGCAGGUGCCGGAGCCUCAAGACCCCGAAGAAACGCUCCAAUCCAGGUUCUCAGAGACGGAGGCUUAUCCCAGCACUAUCCCUGGACACCUCUUCCCCUGUGAGAAAACCCACCAACAGCACAGGCGUCCGCUGGGUGGAUGGCCCCUUGCGGAGCAGCCCGAGGGGCCUUGGGGAACCCUUUGAGAUUAAAGUCUAUGAAAUCGAUGACGUGGAGCGCCUGCAGCGGCGACGAGGGGGCACCAGCAAGGAGGCCAUGUGCUUCAAUGCAAAGCUGAAGAUUCUGGAACACCGCCAGCAGAGGAUCGCCGAGGUCCGCGCGAAGUACGAGUGGCUGAUGAAGGAGCUGGAGGCGACCAAACAGUAUCUGAUGCUGGAUCCCAACAAGUGGCUCAGUGAAUUUGACUUGGAGCAGGUUUGGGAGCUGGAUUCCCUGGAGUACCUGGAGGCACUGGAGUGUGUGACGGAGCGCCUGGAGAGCCGUGUCAACUUCUGCAAGGCCCAUCUCAUGAUGAUCACCUGCUUCGACAUCACCUCCAGGCGCCGGUAGAUGCGCCAGACCCUUGUCCUAGUGGUCCCCCGCUCCCCAGGACUUCAGAGAUGUUGCACGCCCCUAGGCCCUCUGUGCUGGGGCAUCAAAGACAAUGAAUGAGGAUGAAGGUUGGUGGCAAGUCUGGAGCGAGCGUUGAGUGGAAGGCGAGUUUUCUUUUGUUUUCUGUAGGAAAGGUGCAAACGUCAAACACCGUGGAAGGAGAAAAGGAUGGGAAGCCCGAGGGGUGUCCAAGCCCUGUGAGACUGAAAAAGCACUUUGAGGAACCUUAAAGACCUUGUUUGUACAUAAGAACUGCUAGCAAAAGAGACCUCACUCUUCUCUUGCUUUCGUGAGAAAGGAGGGGGGCGGAUGUAGGAUUGCUGUGGAAAGCGAACACAGAACAACAACAAAAAGACCCAGAAUGACUGAUUAAGUGCCUUGCAAAUCUUUAUUAUUAUCCAAACAUUUAUGUUCAUACUUUCUUGUGUACAGAUGGUGCUAGUCAAGAUGAAAACAACAAAACAAACAAGAAAAACAUUUUGGAAAUGUAUUCACAGCUCGUUUUCUCUUGGUGUUUUAUCCUAUUUCUGACUUGCUGUUUUUAAGUAAGUUGUGUUUGUAGAGCUAUUUCCUAAUCAGUAUUGCUUAUGAAUAAAUGUUACCUGUCUUUUAUGGUUAUUCUGGUGAGGCCACUCAAACAGAGAGACUUCCUCGGCACGAGCCAGUGUGUGUGUUUCCAAAGUAGGUUUGGAGCAGCAGGUGACCUCGAUGCCACAUCCCAACAAGCAGUGCGGUCAGGGUAGACCCAGAAGGUUGAUUGUGGGGCAGGUGCUUUAGAGACCAGGUGAGGAGAUGGACCCUGCAGCACAGGGGAGGAGGAGUCCUUUGCGACCCGGGCCCUCCCUGCUCCUGGGAGGUGGGCUGUAUGUUCUGUAGACAGUUUGCCCCCCUCAAGUCCUCCACAUGUGUGGUUCCUUGACCCACAAAUCCACAGUUUGCAUGGCCCUCAAAAUUCAUAUUCAUUUUUAUUCCAAAAAGUCUUGAAGGAAAGCUGGAACCAAUUCACCAGAGCCAUAUUUCUUUAGUAUUUUCUAGUGUUGUGUUGUAGAUUGAUUAAAGUGGGUUUUUCCCCAGCUGAGAGACCUUCUCAGGCUUGUUCAGAGACUUCAACUGUAUUGGAUUAGAACAAGGAUUCUUGAGACUGUACAUCUUGUCUGUUGUCCAGAGUACAAGGAUUUCAGCUCUCCUAUGUCCCAAAGCCUCUAUGCCAAGAAGGGACAGGCUUGUCCUCUCAGUCUUUGCUCCUGCCCAAAGGCAGAGAGAGCUUCCCCUCCAUAACUCACACAACCCUGGAUAGGCAGAACAUAGCUGAAGACUAUGGAUGUCCAGGUCUUGGCUCCCAACAACUCAGGACCUCAAAUUCAGAUGUUCCUCCUUAUAACAAUUCCCUUAGGAAUUAUGAUACCCAUUUUAGUGAUUGAUAGAAACCUGGGGUACAGAGUGGUCAAGGGAUUUCCCUGAUAAAAGCUGUGGUGCUGAUGAUAGUGCAGCCCAGAAUCUAAGAGUCCCUGCAGCCUUCGCAUCGAGGAUGGUACUUAGGCGUGUGCAGAGCACGCUUCCCUUUUGCCCUCAAAUGCAGCAUAUCUUCAUGAGCCUAUUUAUUUCCAAGCUAGGCUGUCUUUAUUAACCAACAACUCAGCCCCAGCCACUCCCCAAGGGGGGAAAAAACACUACAUUUCUUGUCAGUGUAGCUCUGGACACUGCAGCCCACACAGCUGGCUGAACUCGGUAAAUGGGAACCGAAGUCUUGUGAGCUUCACAUGACCUGAUCCUUUGUUAUCAGAACAGGGUUCAGGUGGCCCUGUUGGCUCAUGUGCUUUGGAAGCCAGCUCCCUGGGUCACGAGUCCGGCUUUGCACUUUCCAUAAAAGUCUGCUUCUAUGCAAAGGUGCAAACAGGAGACAUGCCCAAAUCUGCUGGCUGAACAGGCUAAACUACAGUGAGAGGCUGCUCUGGCAUGGCUCGUUCUUCCUUCUAUGCAUCUCCCAAGUCUGACAAGUGUGUUGCCCUGGGAAGCAGGACCUCCCUGAGCUCCUUAACCUUGACCCCAUUCUGCAGGACAGUCGCGUGCUCUGGGCUCGCCUCUGGCCUCAAAGCACUUGUGUAAGUGGGCUUGCUUAACAGUAAUAUCCUUGGAAGCUUCUGGACCCAAAGGGAAGCCAAUCCUUCGAGUUUGCCGUUGGGCUGCUGGUUGCUGGUUUCAAACAUAUAGUUCAUGAAAAGUCUUUAAUUGGAGAUUUUCAAAGGUGAAUAUUCUGUUUUUGUUGGAAAGAAACUCAUCUGAUGAGUCAUCGGUGAGUUUGGCUUUUGCCCCUGCCACAUCCUCCCCUGAGGUUCCUUCCAUGCUGCACUGCCUUCCUUUAGCCAGUGACAGAGCCUGGUGCCCUUCCUGGACUGAAACCGAUGGAAUCCUUCCGAGGGGAGUGGCAUUCGGCUUGCCUCCUGCCUAAAUCUGCUUUUAUCCAUUUGUAGCAACUUUAUGCUAUAACAAAAGGUUGAAUGAAACCAGGAGUUCUCUUAGCAAGUCAGACUCCUUCCCAAGAUGCCAAUCACAGAACACCUCGCAGGACCUCGCAGGCCACAGUGAAGGAGAAUGCUUUAUGUUGAUGUUGUCCAUUCUCUCUCUCUUCUCUUUGCUUUUUUUUGACCUAAAUAAGCUGCAAACAUGUUAAUUUACCAAUAUUGAUAAACCACAUGAAGAAAUCAGGCAUUUUACGUUAUGAUGUGCUUGUUCCUGUCUCUGCCUAUAAAUUGACUGUAUUGAUGAUGAAGGAAGGAGUUCCGGCUGACCAUUCUGAAGCAGUCCCAGUCACGGGAGGAUGCCUUACCCAGUGGCCGGACAUGAUAGUUCCAGGUCUCCCCUUGGUUUUGAUGAUAGAGAACCCAAGGAGGCAAGGGGAAUGUCAAAGAACCCAUUUCUAUUUCAUUACCCACAAGCGAAAGGACUAGAAAAAAAUAUUUGAAAUUAACAUUUAGAUGCAUAGGUCUUAAUUCCUUGUGUGAACCUGUCCUCCUCACCCCCUGCUCCAAAUAUAUGAGGUGGAAGCACUAGCAGUGGAGCAAAACUAAGACCUAAGAACGGGCGAUGGUGCUAUUGUGUCCCUGGGAGUCACUCCACAUCGCAUUGCAUGGUGGUGCUGAGGAGCGAGAGUUUGCUUUAUCAUGGGCUUUCAGUUCCCACCUGCGAGCUGCAAACUUUGAUCUUGUUGUCCUUGAAUUCCCCUCUACAUCAUGAGGAAGCUGUCUCUUUCAUCUCUUCCGGAUUUGAAAUCAGAACACUCUGCCUGUUGUUUAUUCGCCAGUUGCCAUUCUUAACAUGGGGGAGCAUUAAGAUGCAAAUGCAGAGAUGUGUCCCGUCUUGACAAAGGUGGGAAUCCCGGAGCCGGAGAAGGGGCUCCUCGCAUGAGAAGCUGGGGUAAACAGCCAGGCAUCGCAGCGUGGGGAAUUAGACAGGCAGGAAUCUGGCCUGGUUUGUCAUAAAUUAGCCUUCAACUUGAAGUCUAUUAUGUUCUUAUAAGGCGGUAGUGACUUCAGUCCAGCCGCAUCUACCACCCAGGGUGGAGGUUCAAAAAGUCUUAUACGCACCUACAAGUCUCAGGCUUGCUGCUCAGACUUUCUGAUAAAAUCUCAGAGUUCUGUUUGUAUUGACCAAAAAUGCAGUUGUGCCCACUUGGGUGUGUAUCUCAUGUCCUUGUAAACCAGCCACCUUCUUUGGAUAGAAGGCAAGGCUGACAAAUCUGCAGAUUUGUUCAAUGCAAACACAGCCGUCUAUAUCAUUGGCCACUGCUGAUUAUAUUGAGUGUUUUUAGGAUUUCUAGGUUUCUUAUUCCAAAAAGGAUUUUAGACUGUAAAAUGGCUAAAGAUGAGUUAAUUUCCAAACUAAAAACGGAAGGAGUCCUGCCUGUAUUCAUCGUUCUUUCCUGCUGGACUAGUAACCCAUUCUUGGAGCACACACAGAGUCCCUCGCUUCUAAAGACAAUACGUCUUAAACCCUGAAAACUUGCCAGCGAGAAAGAGGUUGGAAGUCCUGUUUGCUAUUAGUUGAGGCUAAGCCGUCUGCUGCCACUGUCCCUGGGGCCUCCAUGCUGCCACCGGGGUGUGUGGCCCAGCUGUCCCCCCAUGAAGGACACUCUUCAAUGCCACCACACGGGAGUCUGGGCAGGGAGGAAAGGCACACAGCCCACUUUUCUCUGCACCAAAUGAAACAAAGCUGGGUGUUCAGUGUCACUGAUGCAAGUAAAUGGGUCUCAAAUUUUGGUGGGGGCAGGUGGUACACUUAGUGUUUCUUUGGAUUCUGAUACCUCUUUUUCCACCUCCAGCAAGUAUCUGUCAACAUUGGUGGGUAACAGCUUAUAAAGUGCAUCACUUAGCAAUCUUCCUGACAAAAUGACACAUUUUAAAAUUACAACCUGUUCAUUAUUUCCAUCAUAAUGCAAGCGUAAUUCUAAUCCAGGAGAAGAUACUGUCAUUUAAGCUCAUCUUCUCGAAAAAAUUUUUUCUGAAAAUUCCUGGAAACUAAUUUAUCCCUCCCUAAACAAACACAUUCUGCUUUUGGGUGGCCCUACCCAGAACCUGCAGCAAUGUCAUAACACUGGACACAGUGCGGCUUGGGGCAGUAUCAAGCCUUCAUUGCAUACAAACCUUAUUCUCUAAGCAUAGUUGUUCCCAAGGUCCACACGUGUGGAGGCGAGUACUGAAAUACCACACUCACACAUGUAUUCCAUGCGUACCUAGAAAUUACCUUCAACACUAAAAAAGGUUCCUUCUUUCAUUCCCUAUCCUGCUAACAGCCCACAUUGUCAUAUUUGCUUUAUGAAGAAGUUCUAAUUUAUUUGUGAACUCAGGAUGUUGCUUUACAGCAUUGCUCGUGUUCUCUCAUUUACUUAUUAUGCAUCACGGUUGGAAAUGCUAUCCACGUGCCGUGCGUCGAGGUGAAGAUUUGCUGGAUCUGUCUGUGGCUAUUUUUUUCCAUGUUUUUCUCACUCAAGCAAAGUCUGUUAGUGGAAACAUGGGCUGGGAGAUGGGGAGAGGACAGAUAAAUCAAGAGAAUAGGGAUUAGGGUCCAGUCCUCAAUGCACAGGGCUUAGUUCAAAAUCUAAGCUGUUUCUGUAGUAAGCAGCCAAAUGGGAAAGAUCCCUUCGUUUUGAAUUUGAUGAGAAUGGGCUUGGAAAUCCACGCCCACCGGCUUGCAUGGAAGAGGAUCCAGCCUCUUCCUAAUGGUUCAACAUUAAAUUCCUGAGGAAAGUGCUGAUAGUAUUAGUUCCCUCCAUUUCCCUAAGACUCCCAUCCAACCCCUAGUGCUACUGAAGAGGGUUUGGGAAAGCAACUGGAGUUCCUUAGCUUGGAUAUAUAUUGGCCCGAGUUCACAGAGUGGUUUUAUAGCAAAACAGGGACUUGAGUCCAGCUUAUUGGAUUCUUCCCAUUAGAUCAUACUGCACCAGGUAUGUGUAGACAUGAACACAUAUCAUUCCUCUAAGGUGUGUGUACAUACACGGAUGUGUGUGUACAGGAGGUACCUGACAUGGUGAAAGGCCAUAGGACAGAAAACCUGAGUUCUAAUUCCGGCUUUGCCAGUCGUCCCGUCCGUGAUAUAUUACCUAACUCCUCCAGAACUCAGUUUUCUAACCUAUAAAAUGAAGACAUUGUGCUAGAUGAUCUUUGUGGUUCCUUCAAGCUCUGGAUCUCUAAUUCCAUGAUUAGUAAUGUAUGUAUGUGUAUGUAAAUAUGCUUAUCUGUAGAAAUGGGCCCAUUUGAAAAGUGGAGACAAGGCCUGCCCAAGUGCAUUUAUUGUGCCAGAAACAGCGAAUUCCUAAAUAAGUUCAUAAAAUCUUGUUUUACAAUUCAAUGGUAGUGCUUAAUGUUAUUGUCUGAAAUCCACUGUUUAACCAGAUGGAAGACUCUGGGGCCACUUAAAACAUUGUUAGUUCACAAGUGUUUGCUGUUAAAAUGCUUCAAUAAAACUCAUUUGUUAAAGUCAGAAAUUCAACUCUUCUGUACUUGGGCAGGUCCCAGCAGCCCCUUGGCAGGCUAGUUUUGUGCAUGGGCCUUUGCAAGCUAUAUAAACGUUAGGUGUUGGCUUGAUUAUGAUAAAUAUGAGCAGGCUCCCUGGAGAACAGUCCAGAAAAAAAGAGUUAUAGUUCUCACAAACUGGUGACAUGAAUCCAUUAAGCUGUGUGGCAUUUUCCAGUGUAAAGACAUUGUUUGCUGGCUACGAUCUCUGACUUUUUGUGGCAUAUGAGGUGUAAAAUGUUGUCAAAAAAGAAUCUGGUGUUUAAAAAAAAAAAUCAAACUAUGGUGGCAUUAAAUGUUCACUUUUAUUCUA